ACCUCCGCGUGAGAGCAGCAUCAUCCAGAUCAGACAACACUGCAGAAAUGGCGUGGUUGCAACUGUCAGAAGAGAGCAAGGAACGCAUCGCGAGGGUCAUCGACCUCUCCAGAGUAGCCAUCCACUAUGGCUACCUCCCAUUGAUCAUCUAUCUGGGCUACACACGAAGCAACCCACGACCAACACUCAUCAGACUCUUCUCUCCACUUGCGCAAUAGACGAUCAGGACGAUUUGUACAGAUACGGACCGGGGAGGGUGUACAUUAGAUGCAAGAGCAAUGCCAGGGCAGCAUAUGGCAAGACGGAGGGCGUAUGAGCACGGAAGCAUAGCAUGGCGCAGUAAGAGGGAUUCGCCGCUUGUAUAACUCUUCAAUGAUACCACAAUUUCAAUCAACACCAGGGCUUGGAGCACGGGGCGCGAUUGUUCGCCGUAGAGAGGUACACCUGUACUGUCGAAAUCUACGCCGAUGAGACUUCGAAGCGCUCCCAAGCAGACCGGCCUACUGAUUCGCGUUCUGAUCUUUCGAAUGUUUUCCAGGAGAUAUUGGAGCUGGGAAGCAUUCAUCAUGGAUACCG